CUCGAUUCCCACCACAGAAAUACCACUUUCAAUCAAGUUCAUCUCCCCAAAGCCAUCAUGUCGACUUCGGCUCGCAGACGUCUGAUGCGCGAUUUCAAGCGGAUGCAGACCGACCCUCCCGCGGGCGUUUCGGCUUCCCCAGUAGCGGACAAUGUCAUGACCUGGAAUGCCGUCAUCAUUGGUCCUGCCGAUACCCCGUUUGAAGAUGGUACAUUCCGUCUGGUCAUGCAUUUCGAAGAACAGUAUCCCAACAAACCUCCCGGAGUGAAGUUCAUCAGCCAGAUGUUCCACCCCAACGUGUAUGGCACUGGUGAGCUGUGUCUCGACAUUUUGCAGAAUCGCUGGAGCCCGACCUACGAUGUGGCGGCCAUUCUUACAAGCAUUCAAAGUCUUCUGAACGACCCCAACACGUCAUCUCCGGCCAACGUGGAAGCUUCGAAUCUGUACAAGGACAACCGCAGGGAAUACGUCAAACGCGUGCGUGAGACGGUGGAGAAGAGUUGGGAGGAUUGAGAUGUCAGGCUGGUUUUGUGGUUUACACUCCUGACCGUUGUUUUUCGCACACGUUUUAUCAUGAAGCACGGCUGUUCCGGGAAGACAUUUGAUGGCGGGACGGAUAUGAUCGAUGGCAUACCAUAGCUUGGAGUUUCGGCACUGGGAUUUUCUACUGUUCUCUUGUUCGGCGUUUCUUCAAUCAAUAUUAGGACUACUCGCAUGGAUUGCUCCGAUCGAUGUGCAUAAUGCAAGGGCUUGUUUGGAUUUCCCCUCUUGUCAUGAUUUGACCCCGCAGUGUGGAUGGGGGAUUUUGAAACCGACUUGGCGUUUUGGGCCUGGUUGUAUCUGGGCAUUCGAUAGCAAUCAACUGCCA